AUGAAGCGUCAGGCUUCAUCCGCCCCAGCGGCCCCGUCUCGCAGCAAGAAGCCCCGGCCGCAGGUCCCAGACUACCACCUAACCCCAUCGCGAAGGAACGGGGACGGAAGCGCCAUCUGGCCGGCGCCCGAGGACCAAAUCGAGCGAGCGCGAGAAUUUAUCCUGGAAUGCGUCGCUGCGCACCAGAAGACAGUCAUUGUGCCGGACAAGGACGCCGAUGGUCUAACCUCAGGCGCAAUUUUGCGAAGGACGCUCAUACUACUUGGCUUGGAGCCGGAGCUCAUCGAAGGCCACAUCCUUGAGAAAGGCCACACGGUUCACGACGAGGAAGAGAGGCGAACUCUGGCCGCGAGAGAGCCGGCCUACAUCUUCGUCCUCGACCAAGGCUCGCGGAAAUCCCCUCCCGUCGUCGACAUACCUCAUAAAGCCCUGAUCAUUGACCACCACUGGGCACUUGACGAUGACUUCCCUGAGGGGGCUCAGCCCGUCACGGCCUGCAACUCGCCACCCGUCGCGACGAGCUCAUUGCUCACUUACCAUAUCUGCUCUGGACUCCACGACGACGUUGAGCAGCAGUGCGACUGGCUCUGCGUCAUGGGCACGCAUGGCGACCUCGGAAACACCCUCAAAUGGGAGCCCCCGUUUCCCGACAUGAAGCCCACCUUCAAGAAAUACACCAAGAAGGCGCUCAACGACGCCGUGUCGCUCAUCAACGCGCCCCGUCGAACUGCGUCGUACAACGUCCCCAUGGCAUGGGAGGCGUUGCUUGCGGCCGGCUCGCCAAGCGAUCUUUUGAAGAAUCGCGAGCUGCUGUCCGCUCGGGCCGAGGUGAAUGCAGAGGUGGAACGCUGCACGCACACCGCGCCCAAGUUCUCUGCAGACGCGCGCAUCGCGGUCUUCCGAAUUAGCUCGCAAGCACAAGUUCAUCCCGUCAUUGCAACGCGAUGGGCCGGGCACCUGCAAAGCUCCAAAUUAGAGGUGGUUCUUGUCGCCAAUGAGGGUUAUCUUCCGGGAAUGGUCAAUUUCUCGUGCCGGAUACCGCGAUCCGCAAGGGCAAGGGACCCGCCGGUAAACAUCAUCGAGACGCUUCGAAGCCUGGCGGAUAAAGCGCCUGAUCAGACGUUACGGGAACGCCUGGGGGCGUCGUUCGCGAGAGGCCACAAAGAAGCAAGUGGAGGCAUCGUACCGAAAGAAGAGUUCGAGGAGCUGAUGGCUGUGCUUGAGAUGGACAGAAAGACUUCGCAGCCAAGUGUCGCGAAGACCAAAGGGAGUGACGGCGGUAACAAACAGUCCAAUACACUGGACAUGUAUUUUAAGAAGGGCUAG